GGAUUAGCCCCACCGCAAAGUUAAUGAGGAAGGUCCCCUGGAUGGGCUCAGUGCAUUUUCAUGGUGUUUUCACUUGACCUCAAGGUGUCGGCAAGGGGUCACAUCCGGGAUUAUUUUCACGAUGUUUUCACCACGUGAACUGCCAUGAAGUUGCAGUGAAAAAACAAUUUCACAGUGAAACUGCAAAUUAACUGCAAAUUCAUGGUGCUGAAAUUCAUAGUGAUAAGUGAGUCAUGGCUGUUCUGUUGUUUGAGGCAUAAAUUAAUGUUUGCAUACACACGCGUAGGCAGUCCAAAUGACAAAUGGAACCAAUAACGCUUCCACAUGGUAUUGUUCGACUGCCGACUUAACCGUUUUACGCCAGAUACUAUACACUGGGCACAUCUUUGACGGGUUAUAUUUGUGUAAAAGGGUGGUUUAGAGUCAUAGACAUGACUUCUUCCUUGGCUCUGAGUUUUAAAGCGAGCAAUGCUACAACAGCUUCCAUGACUGACGAACUGGCUGAAGUUUACUCAUAUGGCGAGCUGGUGUUCAUAGGCUGUACGUGGACCCUCGUAGCGGUCCUUGGUGUGGUGGGCAACUCCUUGGUGAUUCUGUCGGUAAUUCUAAGUAAACUUGUCCAGACUUCAACCAACGUCCUGGUGGUCAACCUCAGUGUGGCUGAUCUGUUGACAAGUUUGUCUUUACCUUGGUCCAGCGUGGUAAUGCUCAGCGACGGCGCCAGCUGGCCACUAUCUACUGAGGUUCCCUGUCAAAUAGCGGCUUUCCUGUUUCACACCGGCCUGGGUGCCAGCCUCUACAACCUGGCCUUGAUUGCGCUAAACCGUCUGGUAAGGAUAACUCGCCCGCUGGCUACUUACAACCGGAUUUUCUCUCCCUGCAAGAUGGCGUGGAUCGUGACGUUUGCAUGGCUCGUCCCCGUCAUUGUUGUGGUGUUCCCUCCAACCAUUGGAGUUGGUAACUUGGGCAUCGAUACCAAGCUACCCUCCUGCUCGGAUGACGAACUGCAUCCCCUCGCUGAACUUUACAACCUUGCCCAAGCUAUUGGGUUCUUCCCUGUUCCCUUGAUAACAGUAAUCAUCAGCUAUCUGGCCAUCUAUAUGUACAUCAGGGGUCAUUUCAAACAACUCUCAACGAUCACCAACGGGGACAAUCCAACCCCACAUCCCAACUCCACCGAGGUACCGGGCGAGGCGUCGGACCGGGCAUCGCGCGAGGAAGAAUACAGAAGCGGGCGUUCACAACAUCGCAUCAGCCAGCAGCAGCUCACCAUCACAAAGAAUCUCUUUGUGAUCUUCGUCACGUUCAUGCUGUGCAUCUCGCCGUAUUUCCUGUCGCUCUUCGUCCCGACCAGCAAGAGGUUCACGCUGUACUUUGCAACCAUUUUGAUUUUGAACAGCUGCGUGAACCCAAUCCUCUACGGGGCAAAACAUCCUCAGUUCAGGAAGGUGUUUCGGCCGAUGCUGCGGUGUAGAUGGGAGAGAAUACCCCAGCCGUCCGAGGCGCUGAAAGCGAUGUUAGCAAGACGCCAAGAGAACAAUGCGUGAAUGAAGACACUACGAUCUAGCUUAAGAAGGAAGCGGUUCUGACAGUUAAAAGCUGACUUCUCUAAUUAGACACCAGUUUAAAAAAAAUUGCUUGUAUAUAGCAGCGUUACCUUCAUUAUUUCUGCUGGUUGAAUGCAGUGAGCUAACGCUGCAUCCGAAUCUGUGUCUAGAGCUAGGUACUCCAUCGGAUAUACGCGGAGACCGCAGACAAGAGAUGUAGCCGUAGCUCUAGAAGCUCGUUUCAGACACGAACUUCAUUUGCCUAAAUUCGUCCAUUUGUGUCUUUAAAUGAGGUUAAUACACGUUCAAUUUACUAAAGCAAUGUAAGAAAUGCACUGUGCUCUUCAAAAUCUGUUCCUGCGAAUAGACCUCUUUUUCUCUCUAAUAAAAAUUAUUACUAUAUCAUAAUUUCAUACUGUAAUUCAAAUUGUUGUUAUUGUUUUUAUACUAAGACGAAUUUUAAAGAAUAAUUCCUCAAAGAACAAUGAUACCUUGGGGACAUUUCCAUAGUCUCAUGCAUAAAUUUUGACACAUUAGAAUUCCAAAGGGGUAAAAACUAAUUGUAAUCUAGAAGUUCAAAGGUUACUGUGCAGUUGUAGAUUUUUAACUUGAAAUAGUUUUGACAAAAACAAGAAUUCUGCAGACAGGCAGGUAAUAUUUUGCCAAACUAUGUUAUAACAAGCCUUUGUGACAGCAUUUGAUUCGUUGGACUUGGGUCAUUUCCUUAAAAACAUCCAUCCCCUGUAACUUCGUUGUUUUGCCUUGCUGAUACAUCAAGUUAAGCGUUUACUGUG